AGAACGGAGCGUUCUGGGAGCCUGAACUGGGAGCACUGGUGGGGACUGCGGAACUGGUACAGCUGGACUGGGAGCACUGGUGUGGACGGGGAAGCACCCCAGGCUGUACUGGGAGCACUGGUGUGGACUGGGUGCUGAACCCCAGCACAGGAGCCGCACUGGGACCCCCACUGGGAGCCAUAUUGGGAGCCCCACUGGGAGCCGUACUGGGAGCUGUACUGGGAGCCGUACUAGGAGCCUGAGCAGAAGCUGUACUGGGACCCCCACUGGGAGCUGUACUGGGAACCGUACCGGGAGCCCAACCAGGAGCCAUACUGGGAGCUGUACUGGGAGCCUCACGAGGAUCCACACCAGGAGCUGUACUGGGAGCUGUACUGUGAGCCUGACCAGGAGCUGUACUGGGAGCUGUACUGGGAGCCUGACCAGGAGCUCUGCUGGGAGCCUGACCAGGAGCUCUACUGGGAGCCUGACCAGGAGCUGUACCGGGAGCCCAACCAGGAGCUGUACUGGGAGCCGUACUGGAAGCCGUACUGGGACUCAUACUGGGAGCACUGGUCCUUACCAAUCCCCCCAUGGCGCUGCCUCCAUCCCUGCUGCUCCCAGGGGUGCUGCUGGCAGCUGAUGCCCUGUCCCUGUCCUUACUGGGCCCGCUGGUGCCGGCAUUGGCACAGCUGGGCCUGGCGGGCGUGUGGCUCGAGGCCGCCCUGCGCCUGCCCCUCCUGGCCGCAGCCCCCCGGCUCCUGUCCCCUCUCUGUCCCCCCGGGGCCACCACCACGGCUGCUGUGGCCACCAUCGCCAUCACCCCUGCAGCCUUCAUGGCCCUGCGGAGCCUCCUGGGCCUGCCCGGCACUGGGCCCAGCCUCUUGGCAGCCGCGGCGCCCGCCUGGCUUGGGGUCACCCAUGCGGCCGCCACGCUGGCCCUGCUGGCCUGGGAUGCCCCCCGCUCCCUGGGUGGUGUCCCCAAAGCUCCCGGGGGUGUCCCCAAGGUUCCCGGAGGCGUCUGGAGGGUCCUGGUGCUGGCCUGCUCUGAGUGGAAAGUCCUGGGAGCUGCCUUUCUGUGCCUCGUGGUGGCAGCUGCCGGGGAGACGGUGGGGCCGUACGUCACCGGGAAGGUUCUGGACGCCGUCCGGAGCGGGGACGGACUCACUGCCGGAGCCGUGGGGAUGGUGGUGGCCACCGAAGCAGCCAGCGUCCUGUUCUCCGGGUGCCGCGGGUGGCUCUUCCUGCUGGCGGCGGCGCGUCUCCGGCAGAGCCUGCGCCUCCGGCUCUUCUCCCACCUGCUGCACCAGGACCUGGAUUUCUUCCAGGGAAUGCCAGCAGCCGAGCUGUCGACACGGUUCUCCGCGGAGGUGCCGCUGGUGUCCAUGGCGGUGCCGAGGGGGACCAACCUGCUGCUCCGGAGCCUGGGAAUGGCACUGGUGGUGGGCACGGCCAUGAUCCGGCUGGUACCGGGGCUGGCGCUGCUGGCGCUACUGGAACUGCCCCUUGGGAUCACCGCCCAGCGCAUCCACAGCGCCCGGAGACGGGCUCUGCAGCGCUCCAUGCUGGAAGCAUCCGCCCGGACGGCCUCGGGGGUGCAGGAAUCCAUCGCCGCCAUGGAGACGAUCCGGAUCUUCUCGGCAGAGGAGGAGGAGGAGGAGCGGCACGGCCGGAACCUGGACGAGGAGCUGAGGCUGAAGGAGCGGAUGGAGCUGGAGCUGGCGGGAUUCACCCUCAUCCAGAGGAUGCUCAAGCUGGCCAUCCGGGUCCUGGUGCUCUUCCAGAGCCACCAGCAGCUCCGAGAUGGAUCCAUCACUCCUGGGGUGCUCGUCACCUUCCUGCUGUACCGGGACACGGUCGGCAGCCACGUCAAGGUGCUGCUCUCUGGCUUCAACGAGUUCACCACCAACGUGGCUGCCGGGCAGAAAAUCUGGGAAUACCUGGAUCGGAAACCCUCCAGGCACAUCGGUGGGACGCUGGAGCCCCCCCAGCUCCAGGGCCACGUUGCCUUCCAGAGGGUCUCCUUCACCUAUCCCGGAAAUCCUAAGCGCCCCGUGCUGAGGGACGUGUCCCUGGAGCUGCAUCCUGGGGAGGUGACGGUGCUGGCGGGGCCCAACGGGAGCAGGAAGAGCAUGACCGUGGCGCUGCUGGAGCGGCUGCGGGAUCCCGGGAGCGGGGAGGUGCUGCUGGACGGGAUCCCCUUGCGGGAAUACGAGCACCAGUACCUGCACCGGCAGGUGGUGCUGGUGGAGCAGGAUCCCAUCCUGUUUUCUGGAACAAUCCGUGAGAACGUCGUGCUGGGGCUGGAGGGCUGCGAAGAGUCGGAGCUGCGGGAAGCGGCCGCUGCUGCUGGAGCCUUGGAGUUCAUCCAGGGGCUGAAGCAGGGCUGGGACACUGAGGUGGGGGAGCGUGGGGGGCAGCUGGCAGCGGGCGAGAGGCGUCGCCUGGCCCUGGCCCGGGCCCUGCUCCGCCGUCCCACCGUUCUCAUCCUUGACGAGGCGCUGGAUGAGGGAGAUGAGGGGGCGGCACAGCGCUGGGUGCGUGCCGGGCUGGCGCGGACGGUGUUGGUGGUGUCGCACCGGCGGCGGGUGCUGGACGGGGCCGAUCGGCUGGUGCUGCUGGAGGGCGGGACCGUGGCCGAGCAGGGAACGCCGGCGGAGCUGCGGGAGCGCCGUGGCGCCUACAGCCGCCUGCUCCAGGGGGGAGGGGACAGGGAAUAAAGGGCCGUUGGUGUCCCCAUUCCCGGUGUUUGUGUCCCAUCCUCGUGUCCUCACCCCCCUCCACCCAUCCCCUGGAUCCUCCCUCCCCGUGUCCCUUGGAUUCUCCCCCCAAUUCCACCAGGGAUGGGAAGCAGGGAUGGGUGA